AAGUAUCCUUAAAUUUCGCCCAUAUUUGCGAGCAACUCUUUGAAGCUUCGUGUAAGAUCACUUUUACUCGACUUUGGAUCAAAAAUUUCUCUCACUCCUGUUGUGGAGUGUUCGUGGAUAUGUUGAAAUUUCGAAGCUCCCACCAGAGCUCCGCGAGUAGAAUCCUUGUGGGGCACAGUGAAGAAAAGGGAAACUGGGCACUAAAAAGAGGUGAGAUUGAAGAUGAUUGAAGCAAAUGUGGAAUGGGGCGUUGAGGUUUGUUUCAUGGUUUCUUUUUAAUUUAAAUGAUUUGUCAUUGACUCGUAUUGCUUGAUACAAUGGAUGACACUCUGAGUCAGUUCAUCGCUCAGACUGGGACAGAUCCUAGCUUGGCAAGAGACUUACUGGAGAGUACAAAUUGGAAUGUUGACGAAGCGCUCUCAGCUUUUGAAGCGCUUUCGCUUGGCUGUUCAACGACGCCAAGCGAAGGACAUUGUGGCGAUAAUAAUCAAAUUACGAGUGGAAAAGCCAAACGGGGGUUGUCGAUGGUCAAUGCUGACAUCGUUGGAGAAGCUAGGUAUAAAGUGAUGGAGGAUAAGGUGCCAGGUACAAAUGAGAGAUACGAAAGAUUUGGAGAAAUGUCCGAUUUCACAUUCGUUUUACCAGAUUUAAACAACUUCCCUGAAGAAUUAAGCGAGUUCCUCCGAACAGAUCUAAUUGAAACCUCGGCUUUAGUCGCUUUGGAGCAAGCAGGACGGCUGAACUGGUGGGCUGAUUCAGGGUUUAGUCAGCGUCUUUUGCCCCUGGCAACAGUGGGAGAUGGCAAUUGUUUGUUACAUGCAGCAUCUCUCGGAAUGUGGGGAUUCCAAGAUCGUCUCCUCACCUUGCGCAAGGCCUUAUACGAUACACUUACAAGUCACUUGGCCAAAGGAGCUAUAAAACGCCGUUGGAGAUUUCAACAGUGGGAAAAAAAUAAGGAGGCUGGUGGACUACUCUACUCAGAACAAGAGUGGGAGAAUGAAUGGCAAGAAGUGUUGCGCGUAGCCUCUACACAGCGUCGACUGGAUCAUCAGCAAAAGGCAGCUACAGAGUGCAAAAAAGGAGGGGAGACUGUCCCAACUUUAGCCAGUAUAGCUGAGAAGGAAAUUGAGGAUACACCUGACUCUGCCACGACAACAGAUGCUGAGAGUAUGGAUGAUCCAUCAAAAGCAGAACAAGAAGGAAAUGUUAAAGAGAACACUGAAGAUCAGAGUGAGUCACCUGCACCGGAUGGUUCAAAAGACAAAAUAACUGAAGAAACUGAGAUAGGAGCAUUUGAAAGCUUAGAGGACAUUCAUGUGUUUGUUCUGGCGCAGGUUCUGAGGCGUCCAAUAAUAAUCAUAGCUGACCAGUUUUUGUAUGGAUUUGGAGGUGAACCUAUUGCACCCAUUCCCUUUGGAGGGGUAUAUCUUCCACUGGAGUGUGAUCCAAGUGUAUGCUUUAAAAGUCCAUUGGUGCUAGCCUUUGAUUCAGCACACUUUUCUCCUUUAGUGCCUUCAGAGGAAAAGAAGGACUCCAAGAGUAACUCUGUGAAAGCCUCUGUACCUCUGGUAGGACCAAACUAUGAUUUACUGCCACUGCAGUUUUCCAUGGAUCCAGGGGAAGAUUUUGUUUGGAGUGACCUGGAUGGGGACUCGAGUGUGGCAGAGAAUUUUGCAUUGAGCAUGGAUAAAAAGCUGGAACUUUUAAAGAAAUAUCUACAUGUGGAAAUAAUAAAAAUUCCUUGCACAAGCAAGAAAGACACUUCUGAAAACAGCAAGGUGGCUACCAAAGGAGAGAAAGGAGCAGAACCUUCAGGGAGUAUUGCUGAUAGUGAAACAAAAGCAGAGAAAAACUUGCCAUCAAAAUCUGCAGAAAAGAAAUCUUGGAUUGCUACACAAAUCAUGAAAGUGGGUGUUAUGGCAGGUGUAGUAGGAAGCGUUGUCCACAACAAUCUCUACGUAGCAAAACUACAGACUGACAAGAAACCACAUUACUAUGAAAAAAUGAUUGAAAAUUAUAUUGAAUCAGCAAAACUCCGAUUUGAAGAAGAGAAGAAAUGCCAGGCAAAAGCUGCCAAAAGUUCCUCAGACUCAGGAGAGAAACCUCAACCUUGUAUCAACCCUGGAUGUCAACUGUACGGAACUUCUGCUACAAAUUACCUUUGCUCUGGUUGUUUCAAAACUCAGAAAUCCUAUAGUGAGAGUGGUCGGUAUCUUGAAAGCUCCGCAUCAAACAGAUCAGCUGUCUCAAAUUACAGCAGCAGUGGAAUAUCAAGUUACUUACCACCUCCUUCGUACUCUGCAUAUGUUCCUUAUGGAUAUUUUGGUGGCAACAACAUGAGAACUCAAAGUUACAACACUCCUUCCACUGAUCAGCUGCCUUCUUAUAAUCAUGAUGCAAUGAAACUUAUUGGAGGUAAAGCACCAGCAUCUACUUUGCCAUCUGGUUCAGUUGUCAACCUUGAACCAACUAGUGGACAAAGUGACAGCACCGCAGGUCAGACGGUUAUAAAGUGUUCCUUUAAGGACUGCCAGUUUUAUGGCAGUCCAGAAAAGAAGGGAUUUUGUUCUGCUUGCUACAAAACAUAUCAAAAGUCAUUGAAAUAUAUGGUAGAAGAACUUGAGGACACAAAAUCUAAGAUUGUCUGAAAUGAGUUUUUUUUUUAAUGUGGUCCAAAGGAAAGGCAGGGCUCAACAUUAACAGUAGCCAACUAGCUACAGCCGGACUAGUAGAAUUUCAGUUUUGGCUUGUGGUUUUCAGUUUCCACCAGCCAGUUUGGCUAGUAAACAAAGUGAAGUUGUUGUAACAUUUAAGUUGUCACUAGCAACUUGGCUAGUAGGUUGAGAAGAUAGUGUCAAGCCCUGGAAAGGUAAACUUAAUUGGUACCACAUUUAUCACCUAAUAAAUUCUGAGAGUUUAUGUGACACUUAAUUUUUAGUUAUGUGUUUAAACAUACCUCUUACUUACUGAGUUUGAGCUCUGUUCUGGAAGUUAUGGACUGAGUUUUUGUCAUAGAUUGGAGCGGAAAAAUUGAAGUUCCAUAACUUACAGUAUCCAAGUGUUUCAAAGCAGGUUGCUCUUCAAACACUGCCUGGAAAUAACUCAAUUUAUGAAGGAGUGCGCAUAGCAUCUUGCAAAUUAUUAGAUAUAGAAGUGUGAGAAGUAGCCAUUUUUUUUUUCUUUUCGAAGAGUGUCUCUCACUCACUAUGAUUUUUAUCUAAAUGUUUACAAAAAAUAAUUAAUAUAAGAAUCUGAAUGUUUAAUGUUGUCAUUUAGGAAAGAAUAUCUAGUAGAAUAUUUAAAAAUUAUUUUACUGUUAAGUUAUUUAUAUUUAAACCAAAAGGGUUGCAAAAACCUUGUUGUUUGCUUUAUGGUACAAAUUUUCAUGAAUUUGUUUAUUUGAUUCUUCAGAGUUUCAGAAUAGAAGUGAUAAACUUUCUUCAAUUUUAAAAUAAUUAUGGUCUAGUUUUGAAAACACUUUUAUUGUUAAUAUUCCUUGUUAUUUUAGAAUAUUGCCUUUUUAUUGAGAAAAAAAUUAAUGAAUGACACCAAGACGAAUUAAUUCACAUUGCCAUUGUAAGAGUGAAUUCCAAGCAUGUGGGCCAGCAUUUUUAUUGUUCUUACUAUUUUUUAAUCUCCGUUGUCUUUCAUGCUAUAGAUAGCUUUAGAAAUAUAGCCUCGAUUUUAAGUGAUGUGAACCUCUCAGGAACUUAAAACAAAAAACAAAGGUCUAUGAUUGUUUGGACAGAAGUUAAACUGAGGAUAUAUAUUUAGAGAUAAGUUGGACUAGACUGCCUUGAUAUUAAUUAGGUAUCAUUUGAGCCAUAAGCUGCUCUUUCAAUUGGUUUACUGGCAUAAUAACCUACGCGGGAUGUUGGUAGAAACGAGAAAGUUUGUAAAUCACGAGCCAAACUUUACGAAUGUUCUCUCAACUUCCAAAGUUGGUUGUUACACUGGUACAGUGAUAGAAAAAAUGGUCUAUUGCUUUUAUUAAAGGUGGAAUAAAUGACAGAUUUUUGAUCAA